GGAAACAGGAAAUACGGGCAGAAGUAGGGGCUAGUGUUUGGGUUAGUUUUGGUUAUUAUUGUAAAGAAUGGUCGAACAUUUCUUAGUGUAGAAUUUUAACCGAUCUUAAAGCGAUUUAAGUGAAUAUAGGAAGGAGCCGUAUUUGUAUUGUUUUAUAUGGAUUUUCUGAAUUGUCGGUGAAUAGCCCUGAAACAUUGGCUUGUGUGCGGCAGGCCGAGCACCGUUGUUAAGCACUGCAUUGUUCUUAUAUAAUAUCAUAUAUUGUAAUAUAAUAUCAUGUAAUGUUUGUUACAUGUAAAAUAUAUUUAUUCUGUCAUAGUAUUAAUAUGAGCUUGAAUUAAGACAUUUAGCGAAGAAACAGUCCGAAUAAGUAUUAUACUGUGUGAGUAAUUGCUUUAAUAAUAUUCUAACAACGUUGUUAUUUAUUAUGAUUUUAGACUAAGUGGGAUAUUUGAGUACAAUAUUGUGUCUAUAUUAGGAAAGAGUGUGUUGUUAUUGGGCUGGAGGUUACCUCGGCAUUUUACUUGUUUUUAUUAUUUAUUAAACAAAAGGGUUAUAUGUAAUUAGAUUAAAAGAAUCUCACCGGCAUUAAACAAAGCAUCUGUUCUCGCUAAUUCGGUGUAGCGUAUUUGUAGGUACUGUGUAUCUGACGAGUAGGCUAACAUGUAUGCGCCGCCGGGAUCUGGACUGCAAGGAAGCCGGCGAAGGAGGGGGCCGGGUGGAAGCGCACUCCCAAAGCAGCCAGAGAGGAGCCUGGCGUCGGCGCUGCCCGGUGCCCUCUCCAUCACUGCGCUGUGUACGGCGCUGGCAGAGCCUGCUUGGCUGCGUGUUCACGGGGGAACCUGUCCUCGACAGGAGUUGGGGGUAGCUGAUGUCCUGGGAUACGUGGACACCAAACUGCUUGAAGAUUACUGUAUGAAUCCUCAAACGAUCCUCCUGCUUCGUGUGAUUGCUGCCUUCUGUUUCCUGGGCAUCCUGUGCAGUCUCUGUGCCUUUCUGUUGGACGUCUUUGGGCCAAAACACCCGGCCCUCAAAAUCACCCGCCGGUAUGCCUUUGCCCACAUCCUGACAGUUCUGCAGUGUGCCACAGUGAUUGGGUUCUGUUACUGGGCCUCCGAGUUGAUCCUGUCCCUCCAGCAGCAGCAUAGGAUGUACCACGGCUCUCUCAUCUACGUCACCUUCGCCGUUAGCUUCUACCUGGUCGCGGGGGCUGGUGGAGCCUCCAUCCUGGCCACGGCUGCCAACCUGCUGCGGCACUACCCCACCGAGGAGGAGGAGCAGGCUUUGGAACUGCUUUCCGAGAUGGAGGAGAGCAGCGAGACCUACCCCGGGGACUACGACCUAGCCAGUCACUUCCAGCCGCCCCCUGCCUACACCCCCUAAUUGCACUGGCAUGCCGAGGACACUGCGCACUCACAACACAAGGACAGUCGCCACAGGACCGCCGGACAUCGCUUAUCCUGGCCUAUUGAUAGUGAUGUAUCAGUAAAACCAUUUAUUUUAGUGGUUCUCAGCUUUGGUCUCCCCUGAUGCUGGAUUCACACUAAACUAAACCCCUGCUGGGAAUGACAUGUAUUGCGUCCUAUUUUUGCUCCAAUUGGGGCCUAAAAAGUAUUUUUAUUAGCUUGAUAGACAGCUUGUUUCCACAAGACUAUCUAAAUCUGCCUGUCAGUACUGCAUUUCCUUGAUCACUGCAGAGGCAAGCAAUUCAGAACAUGAACAUUGGUCCCCAGGUCUUUUGAGCUACUGAAAUAAAUCUAUAAAAUAAUUAUUGAACUACUUUUUUGUUGCGAUCUUGAAACUGGUUUGAGAUCUUUGUUUCCACAUGUGGUAGAAUGCUAUUUUGAUUGCUGAAGUUUACUAUUGAAAAUAAGUUCAUAUACUACAGCAAUUACUGUAGCAAAAUACGUAUCCCCUUUAAAUACUUAACAUCUUUUCAUAGAGCUAUUAUAUCUCUUUUUUUUUUUUUUUUUAAACCUGAUUCACUUGUAGAAUUACCCAGGUUUAAACAGUUGGCACCCAUACAAUGUUGCAGUGCUGUGCAGUUUUUCAAUCCCCUUUCUGUUGCCAUGGCACCUCUAGGUGGCACUCUUCAGCGUGGGUGCACUGAGCAACAAACACUCAAGACCAUGACUCACCAGUGCCACUCUGCUGUAAGAGCACAAAUUGCACUGGGAACUAGUGAACAGGGCUUGGGAUUUCAUUGCUCUGUAUUGCUACUGUAGAUUCCCUGGCGGGAUUGAACGUUCUGUUCUGAUUUCCAAACAGCAUUCAUUCUCUAGUCUCUCUGCAUCUGGGCAGCAAUAAAGGGGGAACAAAUCUGAGACAAGGCCCAGUAUUACACAAUUGUUCUGUGAAACCAGCCAGUAGUCCUAAACUCUACUAUAACUAUACAUUGUAACAAUAUAAAUAUUAUCUAUAAAGGAUACGUAUAAUGUGAUGAUACUGAUUAAGGCAUGGCUUAAGAUUACAACAUUUUGAAUUAAAAAUACAAUACAUUUUUAAGUGGUGAUGUACUACAGCUUUCUUACAGAUAUUAAAUACCCUACAAUAUGUGCAUUUAUAUGUACUGAAACCAAUUGAUUGUCACUCCACAAUCAUGUUUGCAGCAGGUGAUGGUUGUGCAUUAUUUAGGUAGUGUGUUUGGCUAUAAAUAUCUCCUGGAGGGGAUUGUCUGUUUCAAAUCAAAAUAUGCAGAUCGACCAUUUUAGCACUAGCCCCUCCAGUAAGCAUCUAAGGUGUGCUAUAAACUGUCUCAAUAAUGCCACAGAGAAACUAGAGUGCCUGGAUGAGCAUUAAUAGACUCAUAACCUCGUCCCUCUGUCCCAAAAUGCUGCUUAAAGUCUGCAGUCCUUGGGAUGGACAGUGAAGGGCUACCUUUAUACUUCCUGUACAGAUUGCUUCCUAGUGCACAGCAAAUUAGUCCAAGCUCUGUCCACAUUCCCAACACCUUAAUGAGGUGAGGCUGCUUCUUUUAGCUCUACCAUGGGAUGUUAACACUUAGCAGGACAUAUCAUCAGUCAGGCUGAAUUGCCAUGUAAAUUGUUUUUUUCAUAAGGUAUAACAUGGUGUUGCAGUAGAGGCUCUGUGUGUGCUUGUGGGGCAUUCAGUAGGCUUUACUGCUGACUAAGGGACUGAGCUGUUAACUUUGGGUUAAGACUUCACCUGCUUUUUUUGGGCAAUCUAUCCGCAGAGCAGUAGCUCUACUUUAAAUUGGCUGAACAAAUACAUGGAUUUGUUUAUUAUCAGUUUGCUAUUGCUGUUCAAAAUCCCUUUGUUGUACCCUCAUCACGUUUCACAGCACAAGCUCCCUGUUUUAUAGUACUGUAUUUCCCAUGCAUGCUUUCAGCUAGCGAAAUCUGUAAUCAUUGCUUUUUAAUUUAAAGAAUGUGAUCUGAUUUGUACUUUAUUAUUAUGAUUGUUGGUGUUAAUGCAAGUGUAAAUUGUGAGAUAUAACUUGAUUCUUGUGCAUAGUCAUAUCUGUACAGACUAAAUGUCACUUUGUUUUUUCUUAUUUGUUUUUACUGGUGAAGAAUAAAAAAUAAAAAAUUGCAGGAA